AUGCGGGACUAUCCUGAUUUGCCUGCCCCUCGGGAGGUGAAGACAACGAAGAAGAAGAAGCUUCUAGCGAAAGCCAGGGCUCCAAAUGCCAAUGAAGCUAAACUGUCGGACUUCGCAGUUCUUGCUGGCAAGUUACGGUUUAAAAGCGAUGAGAUAACGGCGUUAAUGCUACGGUCCUCGGACAGAAAGAUUGCACGUGAUGCAUUACUACGAGCGCGAAAUCAGGAUCGCUAUGAUUACGGUGAUGGAGACAUUGAAUCUCAUAUCGACAAGAUCUUGGGAUUAUUUGCAACCGCCAGACCUCGGAAUACCGAGCAGUCGUGUCCCGCUCUUGUCAGCGACGGUCCAGACAGGGCUGGCCCCCGAUGUGGGUUUCCAGACGAGGAGGCUCAUGCGAGAGAUAGAAGGUUUCUCUAUAUAAGCAAUCUCCAGUCAGACCAAGAAGAGCAAGGCGAGAGCAUCACUUCGUUUUUUGUCCGCAGAUCAGUAUACUUUGCAUUCUUUGCAUCUGCUCCAUUUCUCCAAACGCAAGUAUCAGAGGUAGAUCUCGAGACAGAUGAGGAGCGGCUCAGACAGAACACACUAGAAGACAGGCUGGAACAGCUGAAUGGUGAUGGAAAUGAUGCACAAGAGGCGGAUGACUCAUUCCAAGUGUCAGAGAGGGAUCGAAGGCGGGACACGCACAUUGCCCUUGAGAGAAUUAUAGCAGAGGGACUCGCCAGCAUCCCUGAAGUACCUCCUCCCCCUUCCAAGAUCCGCAUUGAGUUCAAGAUUCUUGACGAAGAGGUAUGGAUGACCGAGCGGAGUCUUCUGGUGGACCCUUCUGAACCGUCGGAGGUGGAGCGGGUGACGAAAAAGUACAUGAGAAAGGGAAUGAGGCCCUUUGAUACCUCGUUCAACUUCAUUGUCCCACAAACAUGCUUCCAAGCAGUGACUACUGAUGGGACGAACACCGUAUUCUUGAUCAAGGAGGAUGGAAUUAAUAACCAGCUUGUUGUGUUUGAUCCAACAUCUGACGCAGGGCCUUCUGCAGGCAGUAGGCUGAAGAGGAGUCGACAUUAA